UAAAAAUACAGACUCACCAGUUCCUGCUUUGAUGUGACAUGUGACUCCCCAGAAUACAUCUUGCUUCUGUAGACCAGCUCCAACAGGAUUCCAUGGUAGCUGGAAUGUUAGGGCUCAGAUGUGCUGCCUAAAGUACCCAUGAGAAUGGCCUUUAUGGUUUUCCGCCUGACUGGACGGAAGCUCAGGAACUGAUUCCUGAGAGGAGGCUGACACUGCCCACCCCAGCUCUCAGGCCUCAGGAGCCUGACCACUCCUCUCCUUGGGCCCUUAGCGACCCCUACAGACAUCCGGUGCAGCCCCCAUAGCCAAAAAGGAUGAUGGUCUUCUGGCAUGUGGCUCUUUCCCUAGUGGAUGUUGAUCUUCUGGAGCAGAGAGCCCAUGCAACUCCUUGGGACCUUCCCCUCUGUAGUACAGUGCCCAACAUGAGCGGCUGAUGGACUCACUUCUGAGUGUCCCAAGACCGGUUAUGGCACCCACUACUAUGAAGGCAAGGAAAGGACUCUGGUGUUGUAAGAGGGAAGAAAAGUCAGAAGACCAGGAUCUCCAGGGCCUCAAGGACAAACCCCUGAAAUUUAAAAAGGUGAAGAAAGAUAAGAAAGAAGACAAAGAGGGCAAGCAUGAGCCCCUGCAGCCACCGGCUCACCACUCUGCUGAACCAGCAGAGGCAGGCAAAGCGGAGACCUCAGAAGGGUCAGGCUCAGCCCCAGCUGUCCCGGAAGCUUCUGCCUCCCCCAAACAGCGACGCUCUAUCAUUCGUGACCGGGGACCCAUGUAUGACGACCCCACUCUGCCUGAAGGUUGGACCCGAAAGCUUAAACAAAGGAAAUCUGGCCGCUCCGCUGGGAAGUAUGAUGUGUAUUUGAUCAAUCCCCAGGGAAAAGCCUUUCGCUCUAAAGUGGAGUUGAUUGCGUACUUCGAAAAGGUAGGCGACACCUCCCUGGACCCUAAUGAUUUUGACUUCACGGUAACUGGGAGAGGGAGCCCCUCCCGGCGAGAGCAGAAACCACCUAAGAAGCCCAAAUCUCCCAAAGCUCCAGGAACUGGCAGAGGUCGGGGACGCCCCAAAGGGAGCGGCACUGCGAGACCCAAGGCAGCAACAUCAGAGGGUGUGCAGGUGAAAAGGGUCCUGGAGAAAAGUCCCGGGAAGCUGCUCGUCAAGAUGCCUUUUCAAGCUUCGCCUGGGAGCAAGGCUGAAGGGGGCGGGGCCACCACGUCAGCCCAGGUCAUGGUUAUCAAACGCCCAGGCCGGAAGCGAAAAGCCGAGGCUGACCCCCAGGCCAUUCCCAAGAAGCGGGGCCGAAAGCCAGGCAGUGUGGUGGCAGCUGCCGCCGCAGAGGCCAAAAAGAAAGCCGUGAAGGAGUCUUCCAUCCGGUCCGUGCAGGAGACUGUGCUCCCCAUCAAGAAGCGCAAGACUCGGGAGACGGUCAGCAUCGAGGUGAAAGAGGUGGUGAAGCCCCUGCUGGUGUCCACCCUCGGCGAGAAGAGUGGAAAGGGACUGAAGACCUGCAAGAGCCCCGGACGGAAAAGCAAGGAGAGCAGCCCGAAGGGGCGCAGCAGCAGCGCCUCCUCACCCCCCAAGAAGGAGCACCACCACCAUCACCACCACUCAGAGCCCCCGAAGGCACCCGCGCCGCUGCUUCCGCCCCCGCCCCCUCCCCCACCUGAGCCCCAGAGCUCCGAGGACCCCGCCAGCCCCCCUGAGCCCCAGGACUUGAGCAGCGGCGUCUGCAAAGAGGAGAAGAUGGCGAGAGGAGGCUCGCUGGAGAGCGACGGCUGCCCCAAGGAGCCAGCUAAGACUCAGCCCACGGUCGCGACCGCCGCCACGGCCGCAGACAAGUACAAACACCGAGGGGAGGGAGAGCGCAAAGACAUUGUUUCAUCCUCCAUGCCAAGGCCAAACAGAGAGGAGCCUGUGGACAGCCGGACGCCCGUGACCGAGAGAGUUAGCUGACUUUACACAGAGCGGAUUGCAAAGCAAACCAACAAGAAUAAAGGCAGCUGUUGUCUCUUCUCCUUAUGGGUAGGGCUCUGACAAAGCUUCCCGAUUAACUGAAAUAAAAAAUAUUUUUUUUUCUUUCAGUAAA